GAUGCUCCGGCUCGAACGGACCAAUCACAGAGCUACGUUGCAGAACUUUAAAGGUCUGAGCCGCUCUACGCUCUCCAGACACACUUCAGCACGACCAGGACGCCUGUAUCACUGCUUUAGGUCCAUCACGACGAUCAUUAAAAUGGAGAACGCAGCACGUCUGAACAAAUUCAAGAACCAUGGCAAAGACGCCAACGAGCUCCGACGAAGGAGAGUGGAGAGCAACGUCGAGCUUCGCAAGUCCAAGAAGGACGACCAGAUCUUCAAGAGGAGGAACGUGUCGACCCUCCCGGACGAGGCCACCUCCCCCCUGCAGGAGAAGAACCCAAACUGUCAGGCCAACCGGCAGUGGACGGUGGAGGAGAUCCUCACCGGGAUGCACAAGGACGACGGGGAGUCCCAGUUCCAAGCCACGCAGGCCGCAAGGAAGCUGCUGUCCCGUGAGAGGCACCCCCCCAUCGACCACAUCAUCAGAGCAGGCCUCAUCCCCACCUUCGUGUCGUUCCUGGGCCUCGCCGACUCCCCCCCGCUCCAGUUUGAGGCGGCCUGGGCGCUGACCAACAUCGCGUCCGGGACCUCGGAGCAGACGGCCUCCGUGGUCGCGGGCGGGGCCAUCCCGGCCUUCAUCAGCCUGGUCUGCUCCCCCCACCCCCACAUCAGCGAGCAGGCCAUCUGGGCGCUGGGCAACAUUGCAGGUGACGGCUCGGCCCUUAGAGACAAGGUGAUCAAACACGGUGCCGUGGCCCCCCUGCUCAGCCUGCUUGCCGUCCCCGACCUCAACGAGUUCCCUUCGGGCUACCUGAGGAAUGUGACCUGGACGCUGUCCAACCUCUGCCGCAACAAGAGCCCAUCACCCCCGCUGGCAGCAGUGGAGCAGAUCCUGCCCACGCUGGUGCGCCUGCUGCACCACGGAGACAAGGAGGUGCUGGCCGACACCUGCUGGGCGGUGUCCUACCUGACGGACGGCGCCAACGACCGCAUCGACGUGGUGGUGCGCGCCGGCAUGGUGCCGCGCCUGGUGGAGCUGCUGGGCUCCGGGGAGCUGUCGGUGGUGACGCCGUCGCUGCGCGCCAUCGGGAACAUCGUGACAGGCACGGACGAGCAGACGCAGGCGGUGCUGGACGCGGGCGUGCUGGGCGCCUUCCCCGCGCUGCUGCGCCACCCCAAGGCCAACGUGCAGAAGGAGGCGUCCUGGACGCUGUCCAACAUCACGGCUGGCCGCGACUGCCAGAUCCAGGCCGUCAUCGACGCCGGCCUCGUGCCGCUGCUGGUGCAGGUGCUCGCGCGGGGGGAGUUCAAGACCCAGAAGGAGGCGGUGUGGGCCAUCACUAACUUCACCAGCGGGGGCACGGUGGAGCAGGUGGUGUACCUGGUGCAAGCCAACGUGCUAGAGCCUCUGCUCAACCUGCUCUCCACCAAGGACAGCAAGACUAUCCUGGUCAUCCUGGACGCCAUCACCAACAUCUUCCUGGCCGGAGAUAAGAUCGGGGAGUCUGAGAAGCUGUGCUUGAUGGUGGAGGAGUGCGGCGGUCUGGACCGCAUCGAGGCGCUCCAGUCCCACGAGAACGAGACGGUCUACAAGGCCUCCCUCAACCUCAUCGACAAGUACUUCUCUGGAGAGGACGAGGAGGUCCAGAGCGUGGUUCCUGAAGUCACCACCGACGGCUACGCCUUCGAGAUCAGCGACACUCAGAGCACCUUCAACUUCUAGAACCACUGCCUCUACCUGACCUGUUGUGUGUCCUCUGCUAUUGUCUGUCUCAUGUUCAUGUGGUGCACAGCUUCUGUGUGUACUGUAAAUGUGUACUGUUUUAAACAAAACUGUAAAUAAUAAAAUACUGACUAAGCUUU